AUGGACUCCAAACCAACAACCUCUGAGUCCGACUUUUUUUUCGCUCUCCUACGUAUCGCAACUGCUCAGAUAUUUCGUGCAGCUGGUAUUGAGCGAUGCCCUCCCACAGUCCUAGAUACUGCCACAGACCUUGUUCGUCGUCAUUUACUUUUAUUAGCCACAGAGUCUACUACAUUUGCAUCUCUUGCAGGUCGUUCUCUCGUUGCUAUUCCAGACUUAGCUCAGGCUUUUCAAACAACAGGUUCUGUUCAUCCCUAUGUGACUCUUGAUCUUUCUGAUGCAGCUCCCGAUUUUUACCGAGAUGCAGAACGGAAAAGACUUAAAGCUAAUGUCAAUGAAGAACCAGAUGCUGCAAAACGAGCAGAAUGGCUUACUCAUGUUACUGCUGAAAGACAACGAGACUCGUGCGUGGCUGGAUUUGUGGCACUUGUAGAUUGGGCAAAAGGAAGUGCGGCAGCUACUAUUCGUGCAGUAGCUCAUGGAGCCUCAAGUAACGCAGAUCCACAGCAAGCCAAUAAGCUUUGCAAAGAACCUUCUGCAUCUAACGAAGAUUCUUCUUCCACAAAUACCCUACAGAAUACUACUAAUACAAAUACAAAUACAAAUGCUACUUCUUCUACUACUACAACAACAACAACAGCUACAGCUACGGCUACAGCCACUACUAAUACAGCCAAUAAUAAUACCCAACCUAAUGCCAUCUCUAUAAACACAACUACCCCGAACCCUGACGCGUCGCUGGCGGCGCUCACAACCCCGGCAUCUCCACCUACUGACUUACCUGCCACAGGAGCAGCCUCAGGUACAACCACAAGUAAUUCUUCUGGAGUUUCUAUUUCUUCAGACGACUGGCUACGGACCAUGCUUGCACGGCAUGGUAGUAUGCGUGUUGGUCAUGAGACCCGAUUAGCUUCUACAGUUCUUGCACGGUCAUUAGUUCGACGACCGCCUACACCUGAUCAUAAUGAAAAUCAUAAAAGUCCUAAGCGACGACGACAUAAUUAUGAAGAAGAAGAAGAGGAAGAGGAAGAAGAGGAAGAGGAAGGAAAUCAUAAACGUAAUAAAGAACAUCAUGAAGAAGAAUAUGAAGACCGAAAAUAUAAUGAUAAUGGGGAUGAUAAGUAUGAUGAUGAGAAUGAUGAUGACGACUUGGGAAAUCGAAAUCGAAAUCGAAAUCGAAAUUAUAAAGAUUUGCCAGAUAACCCGUCAAGACUCACAAUAUAUGGCGGGCCACCCACUCUAGAACUAGCCAGUGCAUCUCUCCAUUCCUCUUCUUCUAAACGCAAAAAGCAUUCUAUAGCUACAAGUUAA